AUGUCCGACGCUCGUUCACCCUUGUUCAGUCAUUUUGGAACUACGCUAGAAGGCAUCACCUCAAUCCGAGCAUAUGGGGUUGAGGAGUUGUUUAAGGCCGAAGCUCUGAAGAGGAUUGACAAGUACACAAGGUCAUACAGGACAUUCUGGAGCCUAAACGUGGAUCUGUAUCGGAUGGAUGUACUUGGUGGACUUUUUUCGUCCGGGCUGGCCGCAUACAUGGUAUACCAUCAGGCCUCUGUUGAUGCCAGCGACACUGGCUUCUCCCUCAGCAUGGCGGUUGCUUUCUCUGGUGGGAUUAUAUGGUGGGUGCGUUUCCUCAACGAGUUCCAGGUCCAGGGCAACAGUCUCGAGCGUAUCCAAGACUAUAUCAACAUCGAACAGGAGCCCGAGUCAGUCCCAGAGAAGGCUCCUCCCGCAUACUGGCCUGCAUCCGGUCACAUCGUCGCCGAGAACCUCACAGCGCGCUACUCCAAGGACGGUCCUGCAGUCCUCCACAGCCUGUCAUUCGAGAUCAAGUCUGGCGAGCGUGUCGGUGUCGGAACGUGCUACGACGGGAUCCCGACACACGGCGUGAACCUGGACGCACUGCGCUCGAGCAUCACGAUCAUCCCUCAGCAGCCAGAGCUGAUGAGCGGCACGGUCAGGCAGAACCUCGACCCGUUCGACGAGUACGACGACGCGGUGCUGAACGCUGCGCUGCGGUCUGCUGGGCUAGACACGGUUCAGUCGGAGAACGACGAAGGGUACAUUGGACUGGAAUCGGGAGUGAGUGCAGGAGGAGGGAACUUCUCGCUGGGACAGAGGCAGAUACUUGCGCUUGCACGUGCGAUCGUGAGGAGGAGCAAGGUGCUGAUACUGGACGAAGCCACUGCGGCAAUCGACUACAACACGGAUACAGUAAUCCAGAAGUCGAUUCGGACGGAGCUGAAGGACCGGACGCUGAUCAUUGUUGCACAUCGGCUGCAGACAAUCUGUGACGCAGAUAAGAUAAUAGUACUUGAGGCUGGGAAAAUUGUUGAGUUUGACUCUCCGGCGGCACUACUACGGAAAGAGUCAGGGGCAUUCAAAUCGCUUGUCGACGAGAGUGGUGAUAGAGAUGCACUGUAUGCCAUGGCAAAGAACCGACUUUGUUGA